AUGCAUUUAAAUGGAGGUUUGACGAAACUCCAAGACGGUAUACGGUUAAAGCAGAAAAAUUUCCGAUUGAAAAAAAAAAAGAAUUCCGAUACCGGGAGUCGAACCCGGGUUUGCUCGGUGAAAGCGAACCGUGCUAGCCGUUACACUAUAUCGGAAGUAUCUAUGAUGAAAUAA